AUGACAGACUUGGACAGGGCAUGGAUUCAGUCUUUGCGGUCCCCACCUCGUAUUUCGCCUCCUCAAUCCGAGUCAGUGCGUCGUCGCUCAACCGGCACAUUGACACAUCCUCGAACGAAAUCGCCAGUUUCUUCUCCAAGAAGAAGACUGGUAUCUCCGACCCGCCACAAGCGCUCUUCCAUUGCCAAGCUCCCAAUUGAGGCGACUGCGCCAUGUCGAAGUAUCUGUUGCACCUGGAAAACAACUCAACCGCUUCCCGACUUUGGGCUUGAGCGUGGCGAAUGCAUGGCCCAGCUGCGGGCAAAUUGUUAUCAGGUUGACCUCAACAACGAGAUCCCUGCCGCAGAGCUGCAUUACAGUCUUUACAAGGCCGAAAUUCCGCGGAUAGACAAAUUACUUGCUGCCGUUUCUGCCAACCUCAAGCGACGCAAUUCUCCAUCAGCAUCGCGGACAAGUGUCAUUACGUCUACUGGCUGCCGGCGCGUUUGCUGUAGCUCGACUGUGCCUGCGAAAGCUGGCUUUGGAGAAGAACUGCGCCUCCAACGACUGCUCAAAGCAUUGAAGCAGCAAUACAAAGAUGUAGAAUUCUACCUCAAGUUCAAGCGCGGGCUCACAGCCCCUAUCCGGAAGCUCUCUCCCGAGCUGCUGUCCUUGGUCUUUACGUUCGUGAUACCAACACCGGACGUUUUGAUGUCGGGACUCAGCGAUGCGCCAUUGAAACUGGCGCAGGUUUGCAACUAUUGGCGACUCCUGGUGACGAGCGAAAGCAGAUUAUGGGCGUCUUUGUCAAUCCGGCUUCCAAUGGACGAUCCGCAACGCCUGAGGUCCAAGGUCACUUAUUAUUUCCAGCACUCCAAACAACAGCCACUGAACAUCUGCGUCGUGCGAUGUCCCAUCUCUCCGUUGCUUAUGGCGUGUCUGAUGACCGCUAGCCAGCGGUGGCGACACCUUACGCUCAAGCUUUCCUCCUCAUUACUUGUUAUUCUCGACGAGAUUUUUGAGCGUGUGCCCCUACUUGCAUCCCUCGAUAUCCAGCAGUGCGAUCUCACCCGUGAUGCGUCACAGCUCGUCAGCGGGUUUGCUGUCGCCCCCGCUUUGCGCCGAUUGUCGUUUACGGUCCAGAGCGGGCACAUCUGGCCAGCGCGACUCAAUCUGCCCUGGGUACAACUGACCUCCCUCACAUUGACCUCCAUCUCGAUCACCACCUUCACCGAAUGUAUUGCCAACUGUGCCCAGCUCCUCUACUUUGACGCGAUGGUUUCACCUGGCCUUGCCGAUCCUGAUAUAUCGUUUCUGCCCGUCCCUAAUCUCCCUGACUCGCCCUCGGAGGGAGCCAUACGUCCAUUGCGCACGUUACUCCUUCGUGGCUCCUUCUGCCAGGACAUCCUUUUCCUUGUCCUUCUUUCAACACCGCCCAGACCGCUAUUCGUCUUCCCCCAGUUGCGGGUAUUGGGCCUGGACAUGAACGGGCUGCAGCCUGAUUUUUACGCGGCCCUCGCCCGCUGCUGUCGCCUCGAGAUGCUGUCAAUCCGCGCAUGGAGCAGGGCCGAGAUGCCCGACGUGAUUCCGUUCCUGCUUGCCGUCCCGACACUCCGCAUUAUGCACUUCCGCGACCUCCACACGGCCAUGGUCUCUCCGCGGGUGUUCUCCAUGCCGCUGGAUGUACAGAAGCCGUGGGACGACGAAGAGGAGGUGGACGUCGAACCAGUCUGGAAGACGCUUGCUGAGCUUGACAUUGAGCGGUUUGCCGUAUAUCAAGACAAGGUGCUCUAUGCGCUCCUUCGCGAGAAACAGAGUGUUGAGGCCACCAGGCUGAUUGGACUCGGACCGCAUUCCGAUCUCCAGGAGGAGCUCGAGCAUCUGUUUUACAAGUGA